GGUAAGAUUCCACAUGCUCAAUCCCUGAUUCCCAGGAUCCCUACAAUGCCAGGAUCUAGUGAAAAAGUGUUUAUUUUUGGUGAUAAAGACUCAAGCUCCAAGGAUACCCAAGCCAAAAUGGCCGACCUUCCCCAGAAUGCUCAUUCCGGCGGAACAGGCGAACCUAUCCAACCUCCUCCGACUGAUGAUACGACCCUUCAAAAAAUCUAUCCCGAAAGUACAAACACAGAUAACUCCUCAGAUCAACCGGAUCAGCUCUUCUACAAUGACAAGUGCUCUGCACCCUUCGUCGUCAACAUAUCCAAACUUCCAGUGUCUGACCGAAGCAAAAUCCCCCAUAUCCACCCUCUUCAACUCAGCAGGAUUCUUCGUCAAACUGAGGUGAACGGAAUCGUAUCUAUUAUUAAAGUUAAUAGGAACACAUCCCAAGUGAAAUUCAAUUCCCUAUUUGACGCUAACUCAUUUAUUGCCAACCACAAAUUAGACCGGGCAAAAUACUCUGUAUUCAUCCCCAAACACAGAAUUCUGAAGAAGGGGAUUCUGAAGGAUAUUCCACCUGAAUACUCUGAGAAAGAAAUCAGAGAAAUGAUCUCAUGUGAACAUAAAGUCUAUGAAGUCAAAAGAAUACACAAGUAUGACCCGAUUAAGAAGACCAAAUAUCCUCUACCAUUAAUGGUCGUUACCUUUGUUGCUAACUCUCUACCUGAAAAAGUAAAGCUCGAUUACUACAUAGCUCCCAUAGAACUAUAUAUUAACCCAGUUCAGUUAUGCUUCAACUGCUUCAAAUUUGGUCAUCUCCAGCGUUUUUGUCGCAGUAAAAAACGAUGUCAAAAGUGCGGUGAAGAUUUUCAUGAAUUACAAGACUGCCCUAAAUCUGAACUUAGCUGCUUAAAUUGCAAGGGCCCACACCUUCCCACCAACCGUAGCUGCCCCAGUAGGAAAGAAUUCCGGAAAGUGAAUGGGAUAAUGGCAGAAAGCAACAUCAGCUUUAAAGAAGCACUUGCAAUCAAGGACUCUUACAGCAAUGAUUAUAAAUUUGGUAAUAACAAGAAAUUCUCCAACAGGGUGAAAACUCAUUCAGUUACUAAUAGUAAUAACAGGUUCACCGCCCUAGGACAUGAAGAGUUUCCUGAACUCAACAACUCUCGGAAAGUUAACUCUUCCUCCAAACAAACUUCCAGAAGCAAGUCCCACGAUAGACUCUCCUACCCUAAGAAAAAAAGAAGAGCGGAUGACGACUUCCCAAGUGAAUGGGUCAAUCGUCUGAAAAGUCGAGACCCUCCUCCAUCCCAGGAUAUUAAAGAAACCAACUCUACCCCCAGCCCGCCUCCACCCCCCAACGAAACUGAUAAUACGGAUUCUAACCUGGAAUUCGUAGGUCUCCAAGUGGACAUUCGCGCUGACUCCUCACCGAUUUCCAUGGACACCUCUGAUUCCCACCCUGAUCUCAUUUCCGACCAACAAGACUAUAACCCACCAAGAAUACAAGUACCAGAAUUAAUCAUCAACUCAAUUAGCAAAAAUAAUAACUUAUCAGCACCACCAACUAACUAAUACCCUUUCAUCUUUAAAUUCACCACUAAC